AUGAAUAGAGAAGUCGUCACUGUCUAUACCCUGCCCGUAGCAGCAUUUGCAACCAUCUCAAUAUCCCUCACGCUGCGUUCGGAGAUGCAGGAUAGCACAGUUCUAGCCACCAAAGUGGAGCCAUCACAGACUGGAACUUUGGCUCCGGACCCAGCGGUGGAUCCGAUGCUACAUGGGGGCCGUUUAUCUCCCUCUGCUCGCCUAGCUGUUGGGGCCGUUGACUUCCUAACGGCUGUGGGUUCGUUAAUUCCUGUUCUUCCAAGCUUCCAGCAUCAAAGUCACAGACUCACACUGCUACUCGCAUGCUGGCUGGCAGGCUGGCAAACUCAACACACACCGGCCGUUUCAGAAUGGGGCCAGGCAAUGCUUCGUCUGCAUCCAGCCCAAUUCUUAGUGCCCGCCUGGCCCGGUGCCUGGAAUCGGUGGAAUGCUAGACUGAUUGUCCGACUAAGGUGCUGA